UUGUUGGGAAGCGGGCGAUGGAGCCGAGCGUUCAGCGGUGCAGCGCGCGAGCGGAGUGAGAGGAGUGAGCUACAAACGUGUAAGAUGACGUGUGUGUCGAUGGACCAUGACUUCAGUCCUGGAGAUGUCGUGUUUGCCAAAAUGAAGGGUUAUCCUUUCUGGCCUGCUCGGAUUGCUGGUGGAAAAGCUCCGAGGAAUAAAAUCCCAAUCUUCUUUUAUGGAACACACCAGACCACUUCUCUGGUCCCUAAGGACAUCGUGCAUUACUGGUCCAACAAGGAGAAAUAUGGGAAGCCCAUCAAACGAGGAGGUUUUGAUGAGGCCAUGUGGGAGAUCGAACAUGACCCUGGGGUCGGCCUCAAAGGUCAAAAGAAAGCUGAUGUGGUAAAGAAGGCGCAGGAGAUGCGGAGGAAGGCGAAGAGCGCCGGAAAGAAGGACGCUCAGAAGAAAAACGAGGCUAGCACGACCCCUAAUGCUCCCAUAAAGAGAGAUAAAACCCCAGUGAAAUCCAGCACCACUCCGAAUAAACCGUCCGCCUCAGAAACCCCGACUAGGGGACAGACGCCAGCUAAAGAUGGGCAGAGGAGGACAGGAACACCCGCCGAAAAAGUGACUUUGGCAUCUAGAAAAACAACAGCUCUUGCUGAUAAAACAACUCCGAAUAAAAAACCUGCCCCGCCCGAAAAGGUCGUCCUGGCCAAGAAAGCCAUUGUUGCUAAGGCGAGAAGUGUGGCAAAGAAGAAGAAGGACAUCGCCCGGAAGAGGAUCCUUACAAAGGCCAGAAUGGUCAAAGCCAAAAAGGUGACGGCGCCUAAGCUGAAGAUAAAGCUGCCUGUUAGAGAGCAGAAGGGUGAGCCAAACCUCAAGAAGCAGCAGCUCUCCCCUGAGACACGGCCGAGAAUCAAGGGUUGGGUGAAGGUCACAGAUCCUGACAGAAAGCCUGUGCCCCAAACCCGACCCCAAACCCCCUCGACCCGGCUGCAAGCCCCAGUGACCCGAGCCCAAACCCCCUUGACCAGGCUUCAAGCCCCAGUGACCCGACCCCAAACCCCCUCGACCAGGCUGCAAGCCCUAGUGACCCGACCCCAAACCCCCUCGACCAGGCUGCAAGCCCCAGUGACCCGGCCGCAAGCCCCAGCGACCCGACCCCAAACCCCCUCGGCCCGGCCGCAAGCCCCCUCAGCCCGACCCCAAGCCCCGUCAGCCCGGCCACAAACUUCAGAGACCCAGCCCCAGCAUCACUUCAGGGUUUGGGAGAAGAUCACAGAUCCACCGUUACAGAAACCUGAGCCUCGAACCCCGGCGACCCGCUUACAAACUUCAGAAACCCAACUCCGGCACUCCAAGGGUUGGGAAAGGGUCACAGGUCCACAGUUACAGAACCCAGAGGCUCAAUCAACAAUUCCAGAUAUUCGGCCCCGGAAUGCCAGGGGUCGUGUGCAGGUCACAAAGUCGCAACCACAGCUACAGAACGCUAAGAUUCAGCUCCAGACCUCAGAGACAGGGCUCCAGACCUCAGACACUCGCACCACAGAGACUUUUCGCCAAACCCGUGAAACUCGGCUACGGGGUUCAGAGUCUCGGAGAAAGAUUGCCAAUGCUUUGGUCAGGACCACAGAGCCAGAGCUGAAGGCUCCUGAGACCCGGCAGCGGGCGCCCGAGACCCAACCUAACACCACAGAGACUCACCGGAAGGACACAGAGACACCGGCUCAAACCCUUCAGCCACAGCUCCAGGAUGCAGCCACUAAACUCCUGAACCCCAAGACUUGGCUUAGAGUCACAGUGCCUCGACUCCAGAGCCCUGAGACUCACCUCCGCAAUCCCGAAAUUCGGCUUCAAAACCUCAAACUCUCAGCCUUUAGGCACAAAUCCUCAGCUCCCAAACCCAAAGACAGUUCUCAAGUUAAACUCGAAGAUGUUGGUCAUGACUCUCACGGUGCAGUUCCCAAACCACCAGAUUUUUCUCUAUUGGAAGUCACCACGUCCACCAAACCCCAAGCUGCUGCUCUGAUUGACGUGCCAAUGGAGAAAAGGAAAGAAGACAGUCAGGUAGAACUCAGGGUGCUGAGACGGAGGACAGAAGAGCAAAAGGAUAAAGAGCAAAAGGAUAAAGAGCAAAGGGAUAAAGAGCAAAAGAUACAGAAGAAAGAGGCCUUGAAGACCCAGCGAGAGGAGGAAGCGAAGGAUAGAGAGGGGCGAAGGAAGAGGAAGGACGACAUUACAGUCUCCAGUCCUGCAGACUCGAAAAGGAAGCGACAAGAAGAAGAACUCCCCUCUCGCUCCUCAGAGCCAGAAAACAUCCAGGCAGGAAAAAAGAAAAGUCGAGAGACGGAUGAGGGAGGACAGAGAGUGCUGAGACGGAGGACAGAAGAGCCGAAGGAUAAGAGGGAUGCAGAGGAAGAAACGAAUAACAGGCAACGAGAGGAUGACUGGAGAAAUAGAGAAAAUGUGGGAGAAAAGGAGUGCAAGGGAGAGAAAAGGAAGAGGGAGGAGAAGAAGAGGAGGGAUGAGGAGGACAUGGGGGAGGAGAAGAAGAAGAAGCAGAGGAACGAGGAUGCAGUAGAGAAGGUGACUGAGAAGAGAGAGGAGGAGGAGAGUCAGAUGGAGAGAAUAAAGCAGGAGAUGAAUGAGAAGGAAAAGGAGACUGAGAGGAGGAAACGAGAAGAGCAGGAGAAAAAGCGAGUUGAUGACUUGAGGGAGAAGAUGAAGAGAGAAAAGGUGGAAGAGAAGAAAAGAGAGGAGGAAAUGAGUGAGAAGAAGCGGAGAGAGGAAGAGAUGAAGAGAGAGGAGGAGAAGAUGAAGAAGAAAGAGGAGGAGAUGAGUGAGAUGAAGAAGAGAGAGGAAGAGAUGAAGAAAAAAGAGCAGGAGAAGAAGAGAGAGGAGGAGAUGAUCGAGAAGCUGAAGAAAGAGAAGCAGAUGAGUGAGAAGAAGAAGAAAGAGGAGGAGCUGAAGAAGAGGGAGGAGGAGGAGAAGAGAAAAAUGAAAGAGCAGGAGGAGAAGAGAAAGAAGGAGGAGGAGGAGAGAAAGAAGAAAGAGGAGGUGAUCGAGAUGCAGAAGAAAGAGGAGGAAAAAAAAGAGGAGGAGGAGAUAGGGAAAAGGAAGAAGAGGGAGGAGGAGAUAAAGAAGAAAGAGAAAGAGAUGAGGGAGAAGAAGAAAGAGGAGGAGCUGAAGGUGAAGGAGGAGGAAAAGAAGGGAGAGACGGACGACUCUGCGAAACAGAAAGAUCUGGAGGAUGAAAAGAGAAAGCAAAGGAGUAGAGUGUUGGCGGAGAGGAGGACGAGUGUGUUGAAGUCUCUGCAGGGGCUCGUCACGUCCACCAGGAGCAGAGCGCAGAGACGGAGCACAGACCGGGUGGACGACAAGAGCGACGGAAAGGACGAGAAGGAGAGAGACGGGAGAGGAGAGACGCUACGGACGGAGGAGCUGAGAACACACAAAGGAGAAGGGGAGAGAGGGGACAAACAGAAAGCUCCGGCCCUGUCAGUCACAGACUCUCUGCUGUACAGGCUGCACGGAGACAUCAGGAUCUCCAUGACCCUCGACAAGCCUGAUGUGAAUAAGUGUUUACUGGCGUUGGAUGAGUUGAGUUCGGUGUCUGUUUCCUCACGACACAUUCAGAACCACAGCGAGCUCAUCGACACUCUCCGCAAGAUGCGGUGGUUCCGGGGCAGUGAGGCGAUCAUGUUUAAAGCGUCCAUGCUGUAUUACCGCUUUAAGAACAUUUACCUGAUCGGAGAACCGGAGGACACACUCAGCCCCGAGUACAUCCACUCACUGCAGGAGGAGAGAGAGACAGGAGGAGCAACACACACCGCAAACUGCUGCUGCAGAGGAGGACCAUACACACACCACCAGUCUCAACCAGCACAGUGACUCUGGGGCAGAGACCAGCUGACACACACACACACACACACGUUUGGAGUUCUCUGUUGAUGUCCAGAUGUUAAUUGGUGCUCUAUGAUGCUCAACGACAAGCUUUAUAUCCAAGACACACACACACACACAUGCAUUACACUCUUCUCUUACUUGCUCUGAGAAUCUGAAAGAACCAGUCCUUUGAGAACACUUUACCGAUUAGCAUUAUGCACAUAAUGACAUGCUAACGAUCGAUUAGCCUCCAUCACCUGUUAGCAUUAUUAGCAUGCUAGCUUCAGAAAUGCCUUGAAGUGAACCCCGGCUGGCGGCUGCAGAGACGCACACUAACCCCUGCAGGGAACAGCUGGACUGCGGCUCUGUCUCAUUUACAGCAUUAAGGGCUCUUCAUAACGGGGAGCCUGCGUGCGUGCGUGUGUGCGUCUGUUUUAGAUCUUUUUUGUGUACCAUGUUUUAAUCUUUAAUGUGCUUUAUAUUUAAAUCUUAAAGUCACUACUGAUUGGCUGAGUGGACACACACACACACACACACACUGUCUUAUCUGGGGGGGACGGGUACUAAGAUUUAAGACACUAACGUUUCAGUGUUCUGAAUUCGUCACGUUCUAAUGAUGUUAUGAAGUAAGAUGAUGUGAGGUGAGGAACAGGACUGAGAGGGGAAACAUCCUGCUCUCGCUUCCCUAUAUCAGAGGACAGAGGGACAGACAGACGGACAGUGGACUGUAAAAAGACAGACAUUUAAAUUGGUAGAAUAUUAGAAAUAAAGACAGAUGGACACACAGACGGGUCUCCAGACGACUCCUCCUCCUUACUAAAACACGCGUCACUUAAUUAUUAGCAUCGGUUGUUGCCAUGAAAGCAGUACAGCUCAACCAACACACACGCAGUAUUACAGUGCUUGAGAUUAACUGUCAGUGUUUGUGUGUGUGUGUGUGUGU